AUGGGACAACCCUCCGAAGCAGCACCCGCACUACCUGACGUCGAAGACUUAGACCGCAUGGUUGCCAGUGAUGCGCCGUUUGCUCGGAAGUUCCACGAGGAUGAUCCGGUGCUGGACAAGAUAGAUGAGGAGAUCCUGGGCCGUGGUGUGGACAUGCCGACUCCGGGAGGCUGGUGUGCUGGAACGCGGGAGAACGGGAGCGACCCUUGCACGGUGAUUGCAAACACCAGCCUCCUCCAGCCUGGCCGUGGAGCUGUGCGACUGCAGCGGCUGAUCACGUCGUUGCUGUCGGAGGAGAAGUUCCACCCAAGGCAGUGCAAGUAG